AUGUAUAUUAGGAUUUUUGAACACAUUCGUCACUACCCCGCUUUUAUCAUCAGAUGAUAUAUUUUUGAAAAUGUGUGAAUUGUUUUGAAUUGGAGAUAUUUCCUGCGGACUAGGACUUUUAUAUAAAAAUGGGUGACAUGGUUGUAAUUUGUAGGUCAUCUGAUGGAUUACCAUUAGUAGAGGUAUGGGAUGAAGGAUACGCGAAUGCAUCCCUAAAUGAAAAGAUAUCCAAAAAUGAUUUACAAACUAUAAAGAUGAAUGCUCGUAUAAUAUGUCGUAAAUUACCAGUCAACGAGUCGAAAUGUUCAAUAUUAGAGGCAAAUAUGUCAUAUCAUUAUAUCAUAGAAGAUGGUAUUUGCUACAUGAGUAUAACUCAAUCGAGCUUCCCAAAGAAGCAGGUUUUUGUUUUUUUGGCAGAAUUAUGCCAGGCCUUUACAACAGAAAUUAAAAAACAACCGGGUGUAAGCUCUCAAAGCAUCUCAGCAUAUAUCGCUAAUGUCGAGAAACCUUACUAUUUCAUGGCUUUUGAUCGGACGAUAUACAAAUUAAGGAGUACUCUCAGCGAUCCAAAGUCGAACAAGUCUCUCAAUAUGAUAAAUAGCAGUUUGACAGAAGUUACAAACAUCAUGAAGAAGAAUAUAGACGAGAUUUUAAAUCGGGGAGAGAAUCUGGAAGACAUUGGACGCAUGGCGGAUGGGUUAAGAACUCAGACCCAAAAGUUCAAGCUUUCGUCAAGAAAGUUGAAUAGGGAUUACCUGUUACGAAAGUACUCUUCAAUAUCGGUUGGAAUCUUUUUCAUUUUUGUACUCCUUUAUGUCUACUUCAAGCGUGGAGCACUAACCAAAUAAUUUAUAGUAUAGAAUGUAUA